AUGCUGAUUGCUCUGUCUAAGUGCAGGAUCUUUUGUGCAAACUUCCAUGGAACGUUCCCAACAAAGACAAAAGUUACCCUGCCAUUCCUCGUACAGCCCUGUGUUCUGCGGUUACACAUCCAAGUAGGAGACAAGGCAGAACUAACAAAGACUUUUACCCAGAAAGAUGUCGUCACCUUUUCGGACUUAACAGGGGAUACAAACAGAUUACACCUGGAUGAAGAAUACGCAAAGAGGACAAGGUUUGGGAGAACAGUCGUACAUGGUGUUCUGAUCAAUGGACUUAUCUCUGCCGUUCUGGGUACUAAAAUGCCUGGGCAUGGCUGUAUUUUUCUGUCUCAGGAAAUUACGUAUCCAGCCCCUUUAUAUGUUGGAGAAGAGGUCUUGGCAACAGCAGAAGUUAAGAGACUGAAGAAGUGUCUUGCAUAUAUUUCAGUGUCAUGUACAGUUGCAGAAAGUAGCAAGACUGUGAUGGAGGGUACAAUUAAAGUUAUGGUUCCUGAUGAUCAGAACUCCAAAUCUUAACUGUGUUGCAGAGGUCAGGAAGAGCUUACAUUUCAUUCUUCUUAAUGACAAAAUUCACUGUCGGUUUUAUUCCAGUAUGGAUUAGGACUGAAGAAAUGUGCAAGGCAAACAAAGAUAAAUGCAUCCUGUACUUACCUAUUUGUAAUUUUGUUAUUGUAUCAGGUCUUAACCCAAGUCAUAAAGUUUGUGAAAACUAGAAUCAACUGAGGUCUAAAUGUGUUGGAAAAUCUAAAAAGUUAGUAGCAAAAUAAUGUUUUGGUGCAUAGGCCUUUGGGCUACGUUGA